AUGGGCACCCUCACCCUCCUCCUCUCCUCCCACCUAGGCCGCGGCGUCCUCGCCCUGCCCCUCCUCUACCUAUCCUACUUUUGCAACAAGAGAUUCGACCGCGACACCCUCGUCGAGCUCGUGCCGCCCAUUUUGGAAAAGGGGUUCAUCCCCCACCCCUCCGGCCCAGUCCCAGUUCUGGAGGGUAUCUUCCCCUGGAAACCCGCCAACGACCUCUUCCGCCCCAUAAGCGUAAUCUUCGCGCCCAGCACCCUAUCCAUAGACCCCCUAGCCUGGCACCAAAUGCUCUUCUUCCUCGUCGACCUGGGACCAGUUUACCUCGUUUUACUGCUAGAGUCGUUCCGCGACGGCAACGCCUACACAGCAGCCUACCUAGCCACAGCAUGGAACUUCGCCGCCCAGAUCCUCGGCCUCGGUGUCCUUGCCCCGCUGUACUGCUGGCUACACUUCACAUUCUCCCCCAGCACCAGCAUCCUCGCCCUCGACCCCCGAAAAAGGCUCCUAAAAGAGGAAUACAUCCCCUUUCUGCUACCCCUUCUGGUGGCGCUGCAUUACGCCUGGGUAUACCACAUGUUCUUCCCCCACAAUCUCGACCAAAGACACUACUACACCUGGCUAUGGCAGCCCGCCCCUCUUUGGAUCGGUCUCGCAAAUACCAUUCUUGCCAAAACCAUCCCAACAGGAUGGGCAAAAGGGAGUAAGUUGGUUGGGAAGGGGGCGUUGAGUUUGGUUGUUGCGGGGAUCAGCAUGGUGGUUUGGUGGUACGUGAUACUCCACAGCGGAUUCUCCCUCUGGGAGGUUUUUGUGCCGGUGACCAUGGCGAAGAGGGAGUUUGUGAUAAGCAUGAGGGGGCUUUUGCAGUAUGAUUUGCUCUGUUCGUUUGGGGGCUUGUUGGUUUGGAGUUUGGGGUUGAUGGUUGAUGUGUGGGCUGCGGGGGCGGUUGGGUUGGGGGAGUUGAUUGGAGGUUUGGUGGUUGUUGCUUUGGCUGGUGUGAUGGGGGGCCCGGGAGUUGCGAUGCUGGAUGCGUGGUGGUGGAGGGAGAAGAGGUUGGGGAGGCUUGCUGGGGGAGAGCAGAAGGGAAUGUAG